AUGGACGGGGCAUUUUCCUACUUUUUGAGGUCGGCCGCGGCGGCCGUUCUAGUAACCGCUGUUGGCUCCUUAUUCUACUUCAUCACGCUCCUAAGGAAGCAUCGCGGCAAAAUGGCCGAGCUGAGGCGGCAAGGACUGCCCGUCGUCCCUCAUAGCUUUCUCUUCGGCAACCUCCUCGAGGCCAAGAAGGCCUUUGACAGCCUGCCGCCCGGCGUGCACGCAAACUACAUCCUGUCCAGACUCGGCGAGCCGUUCAAGAACGGCGCAUUCUACGUCGACACCUGGCCCAUGGCCGACCCGAUGCUCAUGGUCUUCGACCCGGAGAUGGCUCACCAGACCGUCUACCACCCCGUCGCGGGCUCGAACAAGCCGCCGAUGCUGCUCGGCUGGUUCCACCCCAUCACCGGCGGCCCCAGCCAGUUCGACACCAACGGCCGGCCCUGGAAGCACCUGCACAACCUCUUCAGCCCGACCUUUAGCAACCAGAACAUCACGGCCGCCGUGCCCAUCAUCGUCGACAACAUCGUCACCUUUGCCGACCGCCUCCGCGCCAAGGCCGCCGAGGGCGGCAUGUUCCGCCUCGAGCCGCUCAUGCUGGACCUCAUCACCGACAUCAUUGGCGAGGAGCUCUUCAACAUGCGCCUCGAGACCCAGAAGCGGCGGCACCCGCUCGCCGAGGCCAUGAAGGGCCAGCUCCGCCUCAAGUUCACCGCCCACAAGCCCGAGAACCUCGUCGCGCGCAUCGACCCCGUCCUCCUCUUCCGCACCUGGAACGGCGGGCGCGUGCUCGACAACCACAUCAAGCGGCAGAUCGACGCGCGCUUCCGCACGCUGCUGCACAACAGAGCGCACAACCGCGACAAGGCCGAGCGGUUCCAGUCGGUCCUGGACUGCGCCCUCGAGAACUGGCUCGCGCAGCCGCACAACGCCGGCCGCACCGAGCUCGACGCCGACUACCUGCGCAUCAUGACGCGCAACAUGCGCAUGUUCUUCUUCGCGGGCUACGACUCGACGGCCUCCACCGUCGUCUACUGCCUGCACAACAUCGGCUCGCGGCCCGACGUCCUCGCCUGGGUCCGCGCCGAGCACGACGAGGUCCUCGGCGCCGACGUCCGAUCGGCCCCGGCCCGGAUCGUCGAGAACCCGGCGCUGCUCAACGCGCUGCCGUACACCACCGCCUGCAUCAAGGAGUCGCUGCGCAUGUUCCCGCCCGCCGGCGGCAUCCGCCAGGGCUGCGCGGACCUGGUCCUCCGCGACGCCGAGGGCAACACGUACCCGACCGACGGCGUCGCCGUCAACAUGCUCCACUGGGCCAUCCAGCGGAACCCAAAGUACUGGGCGCGGCCCGACGAGUACCUCCCCGAGCGGUGGCUGGUGACGGACCCGGCGCACGAGCUGUACCCGCCCAAGGGCGGCUGGCGCGUGUUCGAGUACGGGCCGCGGCUGUGCGUCGGGCAGCAGCUGGUCAUGACGGAGACCAAGGCCGUGCUGGCGUGCGUGGUGCGGGAGUUUGAUCUGAAGGACUGCUACGCCGAGCUCGACGGGGACAAGAAGCUGGAUCUGAGCGGGCUGGGGGGGCAGAGGGUUUUCAUGGUCGAGGCGGGCGCGGCGCAUCCCACUGAUGGGUAUCCUUGCCGGGUAUCGCUGAGCGGGUACGGAGGUGAAAAGACGCGGAGAGAAUGA